AUGGCCAAUAACUAUCCUGUUGUUGAUCUCACAAUAGACAGCAUCGAACACAUCGAUCUCACGACUUUAGACGAAUCCCCUCCGAGCAGCCCACGCGCAUUGAACACCACGAGCGAGCCGCCUCGCAAGAGGCAGCGGCUUGGGGGCGAUGCCUCCUUCCAGAGUCCUUCGCGGAACCUGGCGGCCUGUCUGAAGGCGCAGGUCAAGCCCUACAUCGACGCAUGCCUGGCUGAGAUCCCCCAGGGCCAGGUGAACACCACCGAGCUGGGUCGAGCGGUGCUCUGCCGGAUUGGCAGCAUCGACAAGUUCUCGGCUGAGUUCACCCACAAGAAGGGGUUCCUGUCGUCGGCUUUGGAGCAGCAUCUGGCCAAGACGGCGCGUUAUCUUAUUACGAAAUACGCCGCCGAGCCGGAGUUCCAGCUGAACGCGAACACGACGAGCUCACCUGCCCUGUCCAACGGCGGAGCUUCGACGCCAACGCCUGUGCCCGCACCUGGACCUUCCCACACAUUGUCGAGGCCUGCGCCCACGAGUGUUACCGCGACUUCCGCGACAGAGAUCUCCCCGAACGCUGCUACGACAUCGACUCAUCCCGCGGCAACACCCAAAUCCAAACACCGUCACUCAACUCGAGCGCCCAAGGACACCGUCUCGCCCGCAAACUACCGAACAAAGGCGCGAGCGAAAUCAUUCAAGUCAUGGAAAACACACAACCCCAGACCGGGUCCUGUCACAGCCCGGCACAAGGCACUCAGCGCCUGGGUGCACAUGGAGAGACGUCCCUACACCACGACCGAGGAACGCGAAAGGAUACUUAAGGGUGCAUCCAAGCUCAUUCGGUCAGCUGAAGCUGUGGUGUCAAAGGAACCUGUCCCGUUUCAUGUCGAUUUCACAGCAGAGGAGAUGGAGGUUGUCCGCAGGAAGAUUCGAGAGUUAUGCGAUAAGAAGGCCAAGAGCAAGCGAAGUACUGACACGGCAAAGGAGCUUGGGAAGCUGCUUAGAAAGAACCCCCAUCUCCUUACGAUUAUUCCACCCGACCUCGAGCUGAAGGGAGAUCUUGCGAAGAGAGAUCGAGUUGCGAUUAGGAACCUGCUCGAUGAGCUUGUCGACCGCUAUAAGAGGCCGGCCCGACAAGCGAAGAUCCUGAUGCUACAGGUGGACGAGUUCGACAAGCAGAACGAGUCGAGACGUUCUAGCCAGAUCUCUUCACUCCUCCUGGCGCGCGAGAUUGACGGCAAUCGGGGCUUUGGCCGCAUGCGCCGUCUUCUCAACUUUACGAAUGAGUUUCGAAAGGCCCAUGAAGAUGACAUGGAGAUGCGUGCGGAAUGGGUCAACUGCGCAGGCGAUAUCAUGACCAUCGUCUGGACUUCGGACCACAACUUCAUCUGCGGAACAACGACCCAUUCGGACUCGCACAAUCAGCAGUACAACCGCGACGGGAACUUGCUUCUUUGCUCCUCACAAUCCAAGCAGCUGAAGGCAUUUGCUGACCACCGGAUUCCUCGACCGGUCGUCCAAAGCGGCGAAAACUCCACGGAAGCCAUGAGAGAGUCACAGAGCCCUUGGCUUUACUCCUCUGUUGUGUCCUCAGACUACGACAAGGUCAAUGACCGCGUCUACACUUCCAGCUUCGACAGGACCGUCAAAGCAUGGAAGGUGACGAAGGAUGGAAAGGACAUGUCGGCCAUUGGCACCUGGCACCACACAGGCAACGUGAACUUUGUUGUCGCUUCGAAACACGAGUCUGGUAUGGUGGCUACCGCUGCGGACGUGGCCAGCUACGCCGUCCGCGUCUACCAGAUCAACGAUGAAGACGUAUCUGCGAGCCCUUUCCAUGCAUACAACAACCUGCGAGCCUGGAACGAGGGCAACGAGCAGACAACCGAAACCCAAAAAUGGGCAUACUUUCCGGCUACGAUGCAAUGGGGCUUGGCCAAGGGCGUUCAACACUUGCUACUCGUCGGAUACUCGCCUCGAAGCUUUACUGGAGACGACAACGAUAUCCCAGAGGACAAGCGGAAGACGGGUGAGAUUUGCCUUUGGAACUGCUUGACGGGAGAGCAAAUCAAGGUCACAAACAGUUCGCAGAACGUGUUCGAAGUGGCUUGGCACCCAACGUUGCCGGUAUUCAUCGUCGCCACAUCCCCGCAUGCCACGAACUUGGACGUCAAGACAAAGGGUACACAAAUUCGAGUUUUUCAGCCUGGUCGAGACCAGGAUGGGAGGGUUAUGUUCCAGGACUACCAAAAACUUGACUGUCCGGCUGAGGAUAUCAACGAGGUUACCAUCAAGCCCAACAGCAGGUCGCACUCAUACGUCACAGCAGCUUGCACUGAUGGAAAGGUCUAUGUUUGGGAUACAGCCCGUGGCGAUAGACCCAUCCACUCCCUGAAGCAUAAGGAGGCCCUCGACAAAGAGAACGAGGACAUAGGCGUCAAGUUCACAGCGUGGGGAACUACCGCGGAUCGCUUCUACACGGGAGGCGCUGAUGGAAGGGUCAAAGUCUGGAACGUCAGGGAUCUUCGCCAGCCCCUAGUUCGUGAUUUACUGGAGGCCCCCGGCUGUGUGACCAGCGGUGCCUUCUCACCGGACUUCUCGAAGCUUGUCAUCGGAGAUGCCACCGGGCGUGUAAUGCUGCUAUCACUGGACGAGGAGGACGAGCCACCUGCCAACUUCGUCCAACGUGGGUCUCGGCGCGUCCGCCGCCCAUUAGCAUUCAAGGCACACGACGAGCCACCCCCGCCUGGCUCGAACGCAGCGUCGGAUUCAGGAUCCGCGCGUGGAAAUCACUGGCUAUCCACGGGCCAGCUCACCCGACACCGGGACCCUACGAUCGGCGUCAUUCAGGGACCGUCUUACUCGGAACUUGGGCUUUACCGGAAGGAGUUUCACUUUGAAGAGGACCCCUCCCAACCCUUAUUAGCAAAGAAUGAAGAGGAGCAGCAAAAGAAUAAGAAGAUGUUCAGGCCGUCUUCGAGAACUUCUCGCAUUCUGCCACCCACGGCAUCCUCUUCCUCCACACUUCAAGUCAGGCACUAUAACAAUAUAGCCAAAGACUUGGAUUUGAACAUGCUGGACGAGAUGACCAAGUUAGACUUGGUAAGGGAUAACGUCAACCUUGACGAUCCCGUUGAAGACCUAGGCUUCGACUUUGACUGGGAGGAGGAGUAG